GUUAUUGUUUUAUUUAAACCUUCAAUUAAGAAGUUACAGGUGCAUCUUUAUGUAUUGAUCGCAUUUAUAGCUUUUUAUUAAUAAAAAAUGUCUGAACGUGACGCAGCAGCCCAACAACUGGAGCAGUGGAAAGCAAAAAAUGAGAACAAAAUUGGUUAUGCCACGAACAGCGCUGGAAUUGGAAUUGUCAAUCCCAUGACAAGUUUGACAAUUGGCAAGUAUGGACUAAUUCCACUUAGAGACUGGCAGAUGAUUGAGCAUCUUAGUCAUUUUCAUAGAGAGAGGAUUCCAGAAAGGAUUGUUCAUGCAAAAGGAGCUGGCGCAUUUGGUGUCUUCGAGUGCACUAAAGAACUUAGUGAAUACACGAGCUCCUCAGUUUUUGAGUCUGUCGGAAAAAAGACUCCAAUCGCUGUAAGGUUUUCGAAUGUAGCAGGCAAUAUGGGGUCAGCAGAUUCAGUUCGAGAUCCAAGAGGCUUCGCUAUAAAAUUCUACACUGAAGAAGGAAUUUGGGAUCUUGUUGGGAAUAACACUCCAAUCUUUUUUAUGAGAGAUCCAAUUUUAUUUCCCAUGUUUAUCCACACCCAAAAAAGAAACCCUGUCACCAACUUGAGAGAUUGGGAUGCUUUUUGGGAUUACUUUUCUUUAACCCCAAUGUGUGUGCAUCAGGUUAUGUUUCUAUUUUCUGACAGAGGUAUUCCGAACGGACACCGUCAUCAACACGGUUAUGGUUCCCAUACAUUUUCACUUAUUGACAAGAAUAGGAAACUUACUUGGUGCAAAUUUAUUUAUAAAACUAAUCAAGGCAUUGAAAACUUUGAAGAUCCUAAAGAAGCAGAAAGAAUUGCAGGAGAGGAUCCAGAUUACGCUACAAGAGAUCUAUAUAAUGCUAUUCAAAAUGCCAAAGAGUCAGGUAAUAAUGAUUAUCCCUCUUGGACCUUUUAUAUUCAAGUAAUGACCCCGGAACAGGCGAAGCAGCAAAAGUUUAACGUGUUUGAUCUUACUAAGGUUUGGCCUCAUAAGAACUUUCCUCUAAUUAAAGUUGGAAAGUUCCAGUUAAACCGCAACCCAAGCAAUUACUUCGCAGAAAUUGAGCAAUUAGCCUUUAGCCCAAAUAACUUAACACCCGGAAUAGGAGAUUCACCAGAUAGAAUGCUACAAGCCCGAAUGUAUUCUUAUCAAGAUGCACAUAGAUAUAGAAUCGGAGCCAAUUUUCAGCAAUUGCCUGUUAAUAAGCCGGUGAACCCUAGAAACAACUUCCAAAGAGAUGGACUUAUGAGCUUUUAUAAUCAAGGAGGAGCACCUAACUAUUAUCCCAACAGCUUCGGAGGUCCACAUCCAGACUCUGAGGCAGCAAAUUGGACACCUCCACCACAACAGUUUGAAGGAAAAGAAGACUAUUAUCCAGAGUUUUUUGAUGAAGAUAACUACUCACAACCAAAAGUGUUCUGGGAACGAGUUUUAAAUAAUGACGAGAAAACUAGAUUGGUUAAGAAUUUGGCCAGUACUAUAAAAUUAACCAAACGGGAUAUUCAAGAACGUACUGCCGAUAUGUUUGCUAAUGUCAGCGAGGAUCUUGGAGCUCGAUUAAAGCAGCAAUUGUUUGGUAAAUCAAAGGUUGUUCAUUUGUAAAUGGUCAUUCUUAUUAAUAUUGUUGAAAUUAUUAUGCAACUAACUGAAAAUAUACAUAGUCAAAUCAUCUUUUA